AUGGCUUCUGAUGGCGGAGGGAGCCUGAUCUCCAAGAGCCACCGAGAUGUCCUCGACAUCGUUGAUUCCCUUCGCUCCAGCGGGGUCGGUCAGUACAUUGAGCUUCCACAGAUUAUCGUCUGCGGGGACCAAUCUGCCGGAAAGAGCUCCGUUCUCGAGGCCAUCUCCGGCUUGAGCUUCCCGACAAAGGAUGCUCUCUGCACCCGGUUUGCUACCGAGCUCAUCCUACGACGUAGCAAAGAGGGCACGAGCCAUGUCAAGUUCUCCAUCAUACCUGGACCCGGCAGAGACGAGGUAGCCGAAGAGAAGCUCCGAGAUUUCCAGUAUGCCACGAGCGACGAAACCGAAACAAAUCUGGGGCACGUCGUCGACGCUGCUGCGGUUCAGAUGGCUGCUCUGGACGGCCCCGACGCCGUCUUCUUCAAGGACAUCUUGCGCGUUGAGAUGUCUUCCCCCCAGCAGCCGCACCUCACACUCGUGGACCUCCCGGGUCUCUUCCUCGCAGGUAGCAAGGACCAGUCUAUUGAGGAUGCUCAACUUGUCGAGUCCCUGGUCAUGUCGUACAUGAAGCAGCCACGGAGCAUCAUUCUGGCUGUCGUCUCGGCCAAGAGCGAGUUCAAUCUGCAGCAGGUCACGGAGUUGACGAGGCAGGUCGACCCGGAGGGCACCCGAACGCUCGGUCUCAUCACCAAGCCCGAUACCCUUGACGGUGGGUCAGAGGGCGAGCAGGCUUACUUCAACAUGGCUCAGAACAAGGACGUCAAGUUCCGUCUGGGCUGGCAUGUCAUAAAGAACCGCGACUUCAAGAUGCGCAACUGCACCAGAGAAGAGCGCGAUGCAUCGGAGAAAGCCUUCUUCUCCACCGGCAUCUGGCAAAACUUGAGCCCGACGCAUUUGGGCAUCAGCGCUUUGGUGAGCAGGCUCAGUAAGGUCCUCCACGAUCACAACCUUGCCCAACUGCCUCGGGUCAUGGACGAUAUCCAGUCGGGAAUCGAUGACUGCAGGACGGGUCUCGAAAGACUUGGCGAGUCCCGAGGCACGCUCACAGAACAGAGACGCUACCUGCUCCGCGUCGCCCACACCUUCACCUCGCUAGUCUCGGCGGCGGUCGAUGGCGCCUACACGGACCAGUCUUUCUUUGGAGACGUCUCUUCCGAUGCCGGUUAUGCACGACGUCUCCGUGCUCGCGUCCAGAAUGCGCUCAUCGAUUUCUCUGACCAUAUACACUGCCAUGGCCACAGCGACAUCAUUGUCGACGACGACAGCCGUGGCUCUACCGAAGAAGGAAUGGAGCCAGAGGCAAGCAGAGACCAGAAAAUAAUCACCCGUUCAGAGAUGGUCCGACUUGUCAAGAAGAUGAUGUCUAGGAGCCGAGGACGAGAACUCCCUGGAACAUUCAACCCGCUUCUCGUCGACGAAGUCAUCUCAGACGCCAACGACAUGCUUGUUGAAGCUAUGCGGUUCAGCACCGACGACGACACGGCGGAGAAUAUCAUCCGGGGGAUCGUGACUCCAGAUUUCAAGAAGAUCUCGAGCAACGUCAAGGAGACGCUGUACAGCAUCUCCAGGUCUCAUAUGCAUGGGCACCCGAUCACGUACAAUCAUUACCUGACGGACACCGUCCAAGACGCACAGAAGUCUCGCCUGGAAAGGAACCUCAAGGAGGCGCUUUCCGAAUACUAUCCUUCCAUGACCGAUGCCAAGGGACAUCGUCCAGGCAACGCCUUCAACACGAUGAAUCCAGCUGCGCUAUUGAGUGGUCUGGUGGCAGCCGUGGAGCAGGAUAUGGAGACCUUUGCUGCCGCUGCCCUCGUCGAUACGAUGCAGGCAUACUACAAGGUCUCUCUGAAGAGGUUCAUCGACGACAUCGGCGUCCUCGUCAUCGAGGAGCACCUCAUGAACAAGCUCCCGGAAGUCUUCUCCCCUGACGUCGUAUGUCUCCUGGGAGAUGACCGGAUCGCCUAUCUUGCCGGCGAGAGUGACGAGACGAUGGAGCAGAGGAAGAGGUUGACUGAAAAGCUUAGCGUUCUGCAGAAAUGCCGGGAUCAGCUCAACAAUGCUCUCAACAGAGGCUUUUCGUCUAGCAUAUCUUGA